ACAGAGAGACGAGUAGAGGACACAGAGAGACAAGUAGAGGACACAGAGAGACGAGUAGAGGACACAGAGAGACGAGUAGAGGACACAGAGAGACGAGUAGAGGACACAGAGAGACGAGUAGAAGACACAGAGAGACGAGUAGAGGACACAGAGAGACAAGUAGAGGACACAGAGAGACGAGUAGAGGACACAGAGAGACGAGUAGAGGACACAGAGAGACAAGAGACGCAGAGGAACCAUGGCUGAAUUGGGAGGGAUUGAAAGCUGUUUGUUCCUGAUUGUGAUGCUUCAGUUUGCAGAAGCAGCAACAGAACAACGUCUCACUGUCAGAGAUGGAGAUGAAGUCACUUUGCCUUGUGACACUGUGACUGAGGACCAGAACAACUGUGACUCUACUCAGUGGUUCUUUGCUCCUUCAAUAAGCAGAACAGGAGGAGUUCUGGUUAGAAACGGGCAGAUUGUUAAAGAAGCCAAAGAUAAAUCAGACAGACUGAGUUUUUCACAGAACUGUUCUCUGGUCAUAAAGAAGGUCACACAGGAAGAUGCUAAUUAUUAUGACUGCAGACGUGGAAAUAAAGAUGCUCGGUUGCAUCUGUCUGUUGUUUCCAUGACUGAAGAGACGAACGGAGACGAUGUGACGUUAAGAUGCUCUGUGAGGACACGUGAUCAAUGUCCAAACACAGUGAAGUGGACGAAUGGUGGUCAAGAUGUGGACAAAGACAACAAAGAAGUGAAGACAUCACAGCCUUCCUGCUCCACCUCUCUGUCCUUUAAGACUUCUCAUGUCUUCUACACAUCGAGCUUCACUUCAUUGAAGUGUGAAGUGACCGAUGGGGACAAAGUGAUGGAGUUUUCUCUCAGGAAUUCUCCCUCAGGUGAUGAAACAGGUCCUUCUGCAACAAAGACCACUAACAAACCUCCAGUGACUGAGACACCUGAGAAGAAGACGACCACAAGUCCACCUGAAGACCAGAAACCAGUGAAUCCAGCCUUGUUGAGGACCUUCGUUGUGUGUUUGGGUUUAGCAGCACUUUUAAUAAGUCUUGUUACACUCAACAUCUGGACAAGAACUAAAGGUGACAACAUUCAGACAUGAAGCCAGAAGGUUUUGAUGAAGCUCCAUUUUACCGUUGAAACUAAACUGGAUUCUUUUCUUGUGUUUCAG